AUGGCAGCCACGGUAAAGCUAACGAAUGCCGUCUGCGAGACGAAAAACAAAACUUGGAUCACCUUCGAUCGUUGCCGACUGCGUGCGAUAAAUCGCAAUAAAACAGUUUUGAAUGUGGACGUGAACUUUCUACAUCCGGUGCACACGGCAGACCUCAACUUUCGGAUGCAGAAAAAGGCGAAUGGCUAUAAGCCCUGGUUGGGCGAAUAUACGGUCGAUUUCUGCGCGUUUAUGCGCAAAUCCAAUCAUCCGGUUAUCAAAAUCCUUAUUGGCAUAUUUAAGGACUUUUCAACACUCAACCACACGUGUCCCUAUGUGGGCAAGCAGAUUCUUAAGGAUUUUUACUGGGACCCCAGAGACUUAACGGUGCCUUUGCCAAGUGGUGAAUACGCCGUGCUGCUUACUUGGAUUUUCGAUAAGAGGCCGCAGUUUGUAACGAAGGUUUACUUUACUUUCCAUCAGGAUAUAUUUAAGGACUAG